AUGUCAAGGACAGCAGCAGCCGCAGCACUUCUCGCCGCCAGCGGAUUCUUCGCCCAGCUGCCUGUCAGCGAUGGUCACGUCUACAUGAUGAACCCAGUCUCGCGCCAGCUGUGGGGCACAGAAGCCUUCCAAGAACCUGGUGGAAACGGGAACUACAUCCAGAGCGACGAGACCGCGGCCGAAGGCUCCAACAGGUACGGGCAGGAGAACAGCAAUUACCCCGUGCUGGAGACGUACGCCGAAGGAGGCAUCCUAGAGGUCAAGAUCGUCGUGGCCACCUACCACUGGGGCCAUGUCGAGAUGUUCCUCUGCGACGCCGACGACCUCCCGGACGGCCCCGACAGCGUCGUCACGCAGUCCUGCUUCAACGAGUACCCCCUGGACCGCGCGGAAGACGACGAGUUCAACAGCCCCAUCGACCCCCUCAACAGGGGGCGCUUCAUCCUCGACCCCCCCUGUCGCGCCAGCGAAACCGACCAGGAACUCCUGCCAGGCGCCUUCGCCGGCGACGUGGCCACCGCCCGGUUCCAGCUGCCCCAGGGGGUGACUUGCGAGCGUUGCGUUGUCCAGAUGGUUUACUACACCGGCAACUCGUGCAAGCACCAAGGUUACGCCGAGUUCAACCCUCCCUCGUGGCCAAGCUCGUGCGCCCCGUCCAAGGCCGACUGGAUCAACGAGAUCGUCGGGCAGCAUUGCGGCGACGGCGACGCUUACCCGGAGGAGUUCUGGAACUGCGCCGAUGUCUCGAUCACGUCCGACGGGGGCCCCGGGCCCGCGCCCGCCCCCACCCCGGAGACCCCCAAAGAAACCAAGGCCCCCGUGGACGAACCCACCGAGCCUUCCCCGGCGCCCGCGGCCGUCGUCGAAGAGUACGAGCCCACGUACGCCCCGACUCCGGAAGAGGAGUACGAAGAGCCGACGACGGCGCCCUUCCCUGUCUCGACCGACCCCGACUGCGAGGACCCCGUCGAUGCGUUCGCCCAGUGCGGGGGGGCGGGGUACGACGGGUCCACCUGCUGCACGGCCGGCUACGAGUGCGAGGAGAUGGCGGACUGCUACUCUGAGUGCCGCCCCCGCGGCGACGGCUGCUCCGAGAGCUGGGGGCAGUGCGGAGGGCUGCACUGGGAAGGCCCCGAGUGCUGCUGGCCCGGCGCCGAGUGCGUCGAGCGCAGCGACCAGUUCCACCAGUGCUCCCCCGAGGGAGCCGUCAACUGA